CUCUGGCUCCUACUCUACUUUUAGAGACUUAAGGGACGAAAAGCGAGCCUGAAUUCUGGGAGCGAAGUUCUCUAGUGGGCUGAUGGUGUACUAUCAGCUCUUUGAGGUAUGAUGGUUGUUUUCAGCCAAACUCUGACGCACCUGCCUUAAGGUGUGUGCCGCACUUGUCCGAGCUGCACCCAAAGGCAGCACUUCUCGAUUACAGGAAGUCUGGAAACUUUUCAAAGUAGUUUUACGUGCAUCACACGCACGUCUCACCGCGCACACACACACGCUAUCUGUCAGCACGGGUGGGAGGAAGAAGAUGGCAACACAGAGUUAAUGUCUUCAGUCAGUUUCCUCUGGACACAGUGAAGAGUGGGGACCGCAGAGCUAAGACACGGAACGAUCAGCUUCGUCCUCCCCGACUGUCUCCUCAGCGCACCGCGGCUCUCUCGCAGCCCGCCGCCAACACCCGGACAUGUGGGAACAGGAGGAAUUCGCCAAACACUGGAGGAAUGAAUUCCCCGACGGAGAAGUGCCUCGCAUGGACCUGAAGUCUGUGGAGGACAUCGAGUCGGAGCUGGAGGCGUGUAAGUCCAACCUGAAGCGGCUGCAGAAGGCUCUGGCGGAGGAGAAAUUCAAGGUGAUCUACCUGCAGACCACCGUGUCCAGGCAGAGGAGAACCGAGACGCAGAGGCUUCAGGGUAAAGAUGAGAACUCGAACGCGGACACGUUUGUCCUCCACAACCCGGGGGAUGUUAGGAAGCGGCGGGACGACGAGGGCGACGGAGGCUUGAAGCUCCAGGCUGCAGGUAACAUAGCGGGAGUCCCCGGACCCUUCGGCCGCGAGCGGGGCAGGUUCAGCGGCAAGAAAGGUAAGCCCGUCCCCAUCCCGGUCCCGCCGCAGAUAACCUUCAUUCCCGAGGGCCCUGUCCCUCCGCCCAAUGACAACGAGGACAGCAGCGACAGAGAGUACGAGGACGCGGAGCUGAAUGAGAAUUUCGUGAGGAAUAACUUGUUGGUACCUAAGAGCGGUCACAGGGACAGCCAGGACCCCUACCGGGACACCCGGCGGCUUUUCCGCCACAGCAGGGACUUCGACUCCGGCGACGACAGCAAGAUGUCCCCGUCCCUCCCGCACAUGCACCGCAGAGCCUCCCGAGGCUCCGGAUGCAGCACCCCGGACAGGAGGAGUGAUGGAUACCUCAGCUCCGACCAUGAAGACUCCUCUUCUGCAGGUAAUGUCAACCCACUGCUGCUAGACACUGUCCGUGAUAAGAGACAUGGGAAUAUGAAGACAUGGUGUGAAGGAUCAUAACAGAUCAUAACAGCAGGAAAAUCAAUCAAUUUAUUUGACACAGUGAAAGGUUGAGUCAGGUUCUGUAAUACACAGUGGUGGAUCUAGGAUAUUUCUACAGCAGGGGCCAUAAAGGGCCCACA